AUGUUUCGACUUGAGCACAUGGAUGCCUCCAGGACGAACGACCGCAGUCUCGCCAGCCAUUACCCCGGCUCUGCUAUGCGUAUGCACACCAUUCCUGCAGGUGCUCCAGAGCGUGUCAGACCAUUUCGUGCAAGUCGGCUGCACCACCUCUGUCCGCGGCGCGCAACACGGGCACCUAAUGCCACCUAUGUGUCCAUCUCUCCAAUCCUGCAUUGUCCGCGUGUGGGCCCCACAAAGACUCCGAGAGGCAUCCAGGAAGACGUCGGGUUUCGUGAAACGGGUAUGAGAUACAUCCUACCUCCUAUGGGCAUGCUGCACACUCCCCUAUGCGGCUAUGCUAUGCCUGAAGAAGACGACAUCGCGAGGGUUCGUACGCUGCAAGACCAACCACCAGCGCCAGCGCAGAGAUCCAUGCAUGAGGGAGGUCAAGCAUCAGACGAGCGGAUGCCUGAGCAGCAGACUCUCGACACAAGCUUUCGAAGGCUUUCACUGCAGCAUCUCCUAGCAUCACCACCGCCACCGCCGCCACAAACAGCUCAUUCUUUGGGGAUUCAGUAUCCUUUGGACAACGACAUGUUCUGGCUGAAUCCUGCCUUGCGAUUACCCAAUUCUGCGAAGAAGCUCGAUGAGUACAACGCGAGUCGUAGCAAGGUACUUGCCAACGCCAACCGGGGAAGAGGAGAGCAGAUGUCAAACUCAGGGCACGACAAGGAGGGUGCGGAGAGGCGUGCCAGCUGGGUAGACUCGUGGUCGCAGCUUCGGGAGACGGUGGAAAGGGUGGUAGACAGUUAA